GCUGCUUCUUCCUCUCAUACUCUGAUCUUUGCUGUGCAUGAACUGCAGAAGGCUGAUACCAAGUUAAACCUAGCUACCAGGGGCGGACUGACCAUUUGGAAACUGCCCGAGGGCCCAGGGUCAGUAGGGGGCCCCAUGAGAUGCCCCUGGUACCUUUUUCAUAGGCUUUUUUGAGUUUGGACAAGGACACAGGGGCCCCAUGAUCCCCUAUUGCCCGGGGGCCCCGUGAGUUUAGGGCCCCAUGAGAUGCCCCUGGUACCUUUUUCAUAGGCUUUUUUGAGUUUGGGCAAGGACACAGGGGCCCCAU